CCCCUUUCUCCUUUAAGCCUUUUUUUCUCUUUCUCUAUCCCAAGCUUCGAGAUAAGUAGUGCAUGCUAUGCAACAGAAACCCUCAUGCCUAUAAAGACAUCCAACUCGACAUGGAGUAAAAAUUAAACUGCCCCAGAGAAACUUCUUGCAUAGCUAGUUAGCUACCAAGCUUCUCUUACUGUCUUCCUUCCUCGACCUCAACUAGUAUCUAGCUAGCUAGCUCUUGUAUAUAUAGACUCACUGUCACAAUUACCAAACAAUUAUGACGGUGAUGCUAGUCUAGUUUCUACUAAUUUCCCGUCAUCUAUAUCGAUGCCCUAGCUUGCUUAGAGGUUUCUGUGUUCUGGUGUUGAAGGUGAAAAAGGAAAGAUGGGUAGUGAUAAUUGUGUUUCUUCUUGCUUUGUUAAGGUUCUGUUGGGAACGUUUGCGGUGGUGGGCUUUAUCUUGGUUUUGUUGGUUGCCACGGUAGACUUGACUACUGCUACUGAUCAAGUGCAAGGAGGACGCAUAGGGUCGUCAAAAACUACACCUACGACCUCAUCAGCAACAUCAGAUCAGUUUGCAGGAACUAGUACGAAGCAUGCAGAUCAGAAACUUGUUCAUCCGGAGCUGGAUCUCAACUAUAUGAGCAAAAGAAGAGUUCCUAAUGGACCAGAUCCUAUUCACAACAGGAGAACUGGCAACUCGGGGCGACCGCCUGGCCAAUCUUAGCCAAUGGAUCGAGCAGUAUUCCUCAAACCUUAGUUCAGUACGUAGGCUAGGAGCGCAGACAAUCGAAGAUGACAACGGACGUACUCGAUGAAGAUAUGUCUCGCCUUAGGCUAAUGUGUGUGUGUAUUUCGUACAAAUCCUGG